GGGUUACAACUCAAAAUCACAACAAGAACAACACAGAGCAAGAGAUUCAAUAGCAAAAAACUUUUACAAAAUUCUCUCAAGAAAAUGGGGAUCGUAGCAUUCCAAUGGGGAGAGGGAGAAAACAUACUGACGCUGCUGCAGAACAGAGAGAACUGGCAAUCAAGGUCAAUAGGAAAGGCGGCUUGGGAAUGGGAUGAAAGCCAGGUAUUGAGUGGUCGUUGCGCAGAGACCGAUGGGACGUGGUUAGGUAUUUCUAUUCGAGGCCGAGUCGCUUUUCUUGUGGAGGCAGGGCCCGUUAACAGAGACAGAAUCAUCGGCGCCGAGUGUCGUACUCUUGAUUUCUUAAAGAGCAACUUGAGUCCAGAGGACUUUGCAGAUUCAUUGGCUUUAGAUUCCGGACGUAACACGGGGAUAGCCUAUCAUCUAAUUGUGGCCGACAUAGUUUCAAACUCAAUGUUUUAUAUCUACAAACCGUCUUUGUCUGAAGAUGGCAUGGUCUAUACAGAGCCUGUUGGUCCUGGUGUUCAUACCCUAUCUUCAGCUGGACUCGAUUCCGAAGUUGGACACAGGGACUUACGUCUGAAACGCUAUUUUUCUGAGCGGAUUAACAGAGAACUACCAGAACCAAUCUCGGGGCUUGCUGAGGAGGUUAUGUAUGAUACAGUCGAAGCUAUAAACGGAGACCCACUGAGCUCUAUCUUUGUCGUCGACACUUUGAUUGAAAACGAACACUAUGGAACAAGAUGUACGACAGCAUUGGUUGUGAGACGCACCAUGCAAGUGAGGUUCUUUGAGAGGUACAGGGCGAGAUUUAAUGAUGACUGGAACGUGCACGACUUCCGGUUCACCAUCUAGUUACAAGGAGCAUUCCGCAGCAUCCGAAUAUUAUUAUCUAUACUAAACAAUCUUGUUGAUGCUGUAAUUAAUUAAUAGAUCAUAAUCUUCUCGGUUCAGGGAAACCUAUUACCUUGGUCACAGUAUUUAUCUCUGGUCUAUGAAACAAAUAAAUAAAAAGUAGUUGGUUUUCUGGAACUUUCCUAUGUCGACAUUUCACUUGAUAUUUU